UCCAGAGGCGGUAUGCCAUUUGACUAACUUGGUUGAAUUAAGUCUAGAUUUUAAUGAACUCUCUGGAUUAAUUCCAGAAUGUUUAGGAAAUCUUAGCAUGCUACAAAAGGUUUCUUUGAGUUCUAACAAAUUAUCAUCGAAGUUUCCUUUGAUGCUUUGGAAAAUGAGUGGUCUUCUUAGUCUAGAUGUGUCACAGAAUUCAAUAGAGGGAGAAGUUCCAUCGGAUAUUGGAGGACUAAAAGCUUUGUUAUAUCUUGAUCUUUCUGCUAAUCACUUUUCAGGAAUGAUACCAAGCAGAGUGGGGGAACUUCAAAAUCUACAAUCUCUUGACCUGUCGAACAAUUCAUUUUUUGGCCAAAUUCCAUUAUCCUUUGCUAACUUGAUAAGCCUGGAGUUCUUGGAUUUGUCUUUGAAUGCUUUGUCAGGUACUAUUCCUAAGUCCAUGGAAAGACUCUCAUACCUUAAAAGCAUUAAUGUUUCCUUUAAUGAUUUAGAAGGUGAAAUACCCAGUGGUGGUGUGUUUGUGAAUUCCACUCGACAAUCAUAUCUCGGGAACAAAGGUUUAUGUGGAGUGCACAUAUUGGAGGUUCCUGCUUGCGCUAAUCCUGGACAACAUUCAAAGUCUAAGUAUCUUGUGCUAAAAGUUGUUACUCUCGUGGUUAUUUCAUCUUUUCUGAUAUUCUUGUUGGUUUCAGUUUGGAUAAUGAAACGACUGAAGAAAGGAAAGUCCAAAGAUGUGGAAAUGGUACCGGAGAUCAGGAUUCAUCAAUUAGUUUCUUAUCAUGAGAUUCAACGAGCAACAAAUUAUUUUGAUGAGUCAAAUUUAAUUGGUGUCGGAAGUUCUGGCUCUGUUUACAAAGGCACAUUAUCUAGUGGAAUUGUGGUAGCCAUAAAGAUUUUGGAUUUGGAAUAUGAGGAAGUAUGCAUGAGGUUUGAUACUGAAUGUGAAGUGAUGAGAAAUGUUAGGCACAGAAAUCUUGUGCCUGUGAUCACUACAUGUUCUAAUGACUAUAUAAGAGCCUUUGUUCUCCAAUAUAUGUCUAACGGGAGCCUUGAGAAUUGGUUUUACAGAGAAGAUAUCCAGUUGAACCUUCUUCAAAGAGUAAAUGUAAUGCUUGAUGUAGCUAUGGGAAUUGAAUAUCUACAUCAUGGUCAUGUCACUCCAAUAGUUCAUUGUGACCUAAAGCCAGCCAACAUUCUUUUGGAUGAUGAUAUGGUGGCUCAUGUUGGUGAUUUUGGCAUCUCUAAAAUUUUAGCUGUAAGCAAGUCCAUGGCAUAUACUGAGACAUUGGGCACUCUUGGUUAUAUCGCACCAGAAUAUGGCUCGGAGGGAAUAGUGUCCACUAAUGGGGAUGUUUAUAGUUAUGGCAUCGUGUUGAUGGAGGUUUUGACCAAAAGAAGGCCAACAGAUGAAGAGAUAUGUAAUGAAAAUCUUGACUUGAGGAAAUGGAUAAUGCAAUCAUUUUCAGGGUCUAUGGUGGACGUUAUAGAUGACAAUCUUUUUCCUAAGGAAGCGCAAAUCACUUCUAAAAGUGAAAUCUGCAUAGCCUCAAUGGUAGAAUUGGCUUUAGAUUGCACAAUGGAAAUGCCAGAAUCAAGAAUAACCAUGAAAGAUGUAGUCAAGAGGCUUAACAAAAUCAAGAACACAUUUCUGGAAAGAUAGAAGCUAGUAUCUCUUCCAGCGGUGUUGUUUCUCAGCAGCAAGUAAAUAUGUUGUUUUUUUAGUAAAGGUUUUG